GCCCCAGACUCCGCUAACCUUGCAGCCAGGCCUGUCCCAGGCAGGUGACUUCCUUCCCAGCACUGGCCCACCCUGGCCAUGGUUGCCACAGAGCUGCCUUGUGCUUCUGGCUGAGUCCAAGACUCGGGUCCUGGGGACAGAGGCUGUCUGUCUUCAGAGCCCAGCGUCUGGCCGAGGCUGACCAGGCUAGGGAGCAAUCACAGGGACGACUCAGCGCCUGUCUGCUUCCCUUCUUGAUGCCUCUGAACCCACGGAGUGCAGCCGUGGUGAGCCAUGAGCUGUGCCGCCGACCUCCCAGCAACUCGCUUGCACACACAUCUCGGGGCUUCUUGAAACAGACAAAGCCAGGCUCCUGGCCCCAUUUACAGAGGAGGAAAUUGAGGCCAGAGGGAGUCUGGGGGACUUGCCAGAGUCACUGUGGUGUUUGCACGGUGGCCUCCAGAACAGAGGUCUACGUCCCAACCCUCACCCAGAACCGGCAAGCUUGGCCUUAGUUGGAACUUGCCGACUUUGCUGAUGGGAUUAACAUAAGAAUCUUGAGAUGGAAUCAUCCAGGAUCAGGGUGGGUCCUGACUCCAAUGACAAGUGUCCUGAUAAGAGAUGAAAGUAGAGAAGACACGGACACAGAGGAGAAGGCACGUGACACAGAGAAUGGAGGGAAGUGACCACAAGCCAAGGAGCACCUGCAGCCCCCAGAAGCUGGAAGAGGCAAGAAGGACCCUGUCCUAGAGCUUCCAGAGGGAGCACAGCUUGCUGACACCUGGACGUGGGGCUUCAAGCAUCCAGAACUGGGAGACAGCACACUUCUGCUGUUUUAAGUCCUUGGUCUGUGGUCAAGGACACUCACACAGUGACUGAGAAGAGUUGAGGCCCGGGACCCUUGAAUCCACUUUCUCCCACUGGCACCCCUUCUUCCCCUUAAAGAUUGCCAGAGCGUGGAGCUCUGUCCUCGGAGACCCCAUGCCUUGGUAGGCAGGCCGGCCUGGGCCCAGGGCCAGCUAAUGAGAAUGGUGACAGUAGGGACUGUCCAUCAGUAAGUGGCAGCUGGGCCUUGACCUGGGUUGUCUGAGCCGUGCCCUGUCCCCCCAGGUGCGGGCCAUGAGGCUGUCCUUCGUGGGGGAGCUGGGCUGGGAGCUGCAUGUGCCCAGGCCAGCCUGUGUACCCGUUUACCAGGCUGUGAUGACUGCAGGCGCCAAGCAUGGCCUCGUCAACGCCGGGUACCGGGCCAUCGACUCCCUGAGCAUUGAGAAAGGCUACCGGCACUGGCAUGCCGACCUGCGCCCCGAUGACAGUCCCCUGGAGGCAGGCUUGGCCUUCACCUGCAAGCUCAAGUCGGCCGUCCCCUUCCUGGGACGGGAGGCCCUGGAGAAGCAGCGGGCCGAGGGCCUCCGCCGACGCCUGCUGUGCUUCACGGUGGAUGAAAAAGUGCCCAUGUUCGGCCUGGAGGCCAUCUGGAGAAAUGGCCAAGUGGUGGGCCACAUCCGGAGGGCUGACUUUGGGUUCGCCAUCGACAAGACCCUGGCCUACGGCUACAUCCGGGACCCCAGCGGCGGGCCGGUCUCGCUGGACUUUGUGAAGAGUGGGGACUACGCUCUGGAGCGGAUGGGGGUGACCUACCCUGCCCGGGCUCACCUGAAGUCCCCCUUCGACCCUGACAACAAGAGGGUGAAGGGGUUCUACUGACAUGCCCACGGGGCAGAACUUCCACGGAUCAGGAGGCCGAGACCUGCUCCAUCCCUCGCUGACCAUCCACACAGGGCCCGCCACCCUGGCCCAGGUCCUGGACCCCGACCAGAACAUGGGUCUUCCCUGCUCUUACUCCAGGCCUGCUAACCCCCCAAACAGAUACCAGCUGAGUGGACAGAAGACUCAGAGGGCCCAUCCUGUGGUCACUGACCAAAGGAUGGUCGCUAGCCAACCCCUACCCCCCCACAAAACAACCGUGUAAAGUCUUGGGCUCAGGCAGCGUGCCGUGUGGCCCUCUACAAGCUUCCGGGAAGAUGCUCAGUUAGCACUUUACACCCAGUGUAAAAGCAGGGAGGCGGAGUUCCGUCUGGAAUCCCAGGCCUGCCUGACAGGCGGACCGCCCAGAGCAUCACUGGAGAGCUUCCGGGUGCGUCUGGAAUUAGGCACAAAGUAAGGAUUGACUAGACCUGUCUGCCGUGGGCGCAGUAUGGGAAGCAUAGAGCAGGUAUGCCAGCUUGGCUCGGUCCCCGCGGUCAGGCCAUGGGGCAGGAUGGCCCAUUUCCCAGAUGCUGGUAGGGAAGGGAGUCUAGAAAGUAAGCUCUUCCUGCCUUGACCUGCUUUUCACUUGGGAAAGCCUUCUGACCAUUGCCAGCUCAUGAAAUAGGUGAGCAGGAGCAGGGCGUGGGAGGGGUCUCCCCUUGCCUGCCCUCUCUCCCUCCCGGCUCACACACCUACAGGAUUUCGAUGGCCACCGGGCAGCCCAGGGGCCGGGCAGCCCCAGCAAAGCUGCACCACGCGGUCCUGCCCAGGCUUGCCUGACCCUCUGGGGAACAGAAGACGACAGACGUGCAGGGGACAGGGAGGACGGGAUUCCCGCGGACACACACAAGAAGCAGUGGGGGGAUCGGGGUGUAGGCAGUCCUUGGCGGGCCCUGGCUGCUUUCAGAUGCUCACACACCAGCCAGCCCCGCUGUGGACUGAGCUGGAACAGGUCAGGCUAAUAAAGUCAAAGUCGUGGGAAGA